AUGCCAGGAAUUCAACUUCUCCUGGGCAACGACUUGGUCAACCAUCAAGAUUCCACCAAUUUGAUCAUCUGCGACAAACCCCAGGCAUGUGACUCAACCACGGAAAAAGAUCCCGCUAUGACUUUUGAAGCAGAUGAAGAGAGAGAAGCCAUGUUCACAGAAGUAAAGUACAUCCUCAACAAUGGAUUAGCUACACCUUGUGAGUCUCCUUGGGCUUCACAUGCAUACUGUUUCCCAAACCAUAUGGCAUGGUAUGAACGGUUACCUUUUGGACUUUACAAUGCCCCAGCUACUUUCCAUCGAUCUGUCAACCUCGUCAUCCAAGAUCUUGACGACACCUAUGCCUACCUGGACGACAUCGUUGUAGCGACCAACUCGUGGGAAGAACAUCAUGACUGA